GGUAGUGCGGCACCUGCUGCGGUAAGCACCCACCAGCCGCCAACGAGCGAGUGCGGGAUGCGUCGCGCGUGCCUGCCGCUGCUCCUCCUCUCUUUUGGCACGUGUGCACCGGAGCAGGACCGCGAAGCGUACGUCCGCGCGCGCAAGGACGGCGGCUGGGAUGCGCACUGCGACGCCGCGUACGCCCGGCUGACGGGCGCGGCGUUCAGCGGCCUGGACGCCGGCGUCGCGCGACGCGGCCGCGGCGUCGUCUUCUCCGCGGCGGGCGGCGCCGAGUUCGCGCGGCGCGAGGUCGCGCCCGCCGCGGCGGCGGUCGCGAAGCUACGGGAGAGCGCCGCGUGGCCCGGUGACGCGCGGGUGGCGCUCUUCGCGGAACCAGCGGUGCUCCGGGCGCUCGCCGCGGAGGCCCGGGGCGCGUUCGAUGUCGUCCAAAGGCACGACGCCGCGGCCGUUGGUUUGGAGCUGCGCGGCCGGAGUCCCGCGUUCCGCGCCAAGGCGCUGAAGAUCCUGGCGAUGGCGCGCGCGCCGUUCGAGGAGACGGUAUACUUGGACUUCGACUCCAAGCCCUGCGCGCCGAAUUUCGUCGAGACAAUCCUCGCGUUUUUGCGAGACGGGGUGGACGUCGCGCUAGCGGACAACUACGCCGGACAGGGCGCGCUGGCCCCGAGAGACCACUACCAGCGGGAGCACGCGUCCGGCUGCGUCGCGCUGCGGUCGGCGUCGGAGCGGACGCGCUCCCUGCUCGCCGCGUACCUCGAGGCCUUCCUCCUGCUCGAAAAGACGCCGCGCGGCCGGCGCGACCAGCCCGCGCUCAUGGUCGCGCUCCGGCGGUCUGUCGAGAACGGACUCCGCGACGCGCCGAUCCCCCCCUCCGUCUUCUGCCGCAAGAACACGUCGCGCACGGUGAGCUGCGACGCGUGCGUCGUGGCGCACAAGACGGCCAAGUACGACCUCUCGUUCAAAAUCUUUGGCAUCGGCUUCAAGAAGACGGGCACGACGUCGCUGGCCGCCGCGCUGCAGCGCCUGAAGAUCGGCCCCGAGCCCAGCCAUCGGCAGUCGGUCGCCGCGACCGUGGCGCUGCUCCGCCCGGGCGAGGACGCGUCGCUGGCGCUGGACGCGGCCCGGGGCGCCCGCUCUUUUUCCGACGCGCCCUGGUGCAUGGCGGCGACGCGGGGGCGUCUGCUCGAACGGCUCUUCGACACGUACCCGCGCGCGAAAUUCGUCCUGACGACGCGGCCCUCCCGGGAGUGGUGGCGGAGCGUGCGGAACUGGCUCUUUUGCUUGAAACCGUGGAACGCGGAGCGCUACGCGCGCAUGCUGAACGCCGCGUCGGCGUCGGAAGCGGAUCUCGUCGCGGCGUACGAGCGCGCGAACGCCAAGGUCCGCGCGUUCUUCGCCGAGCGCGGGGCCGGGGACCGGCUGCUGGAGCUGGAGCUGUCGUCCGCGACCGGCCGGGCGUUCCCCUGGGCCCGGCUCUGCGCGUUCGUCGAGGCCUGGGGCCGCUGCCCGGCGGGCGACGAGGUCGGAAGGACGUACGCGAAGAACGCCUACGAGACGAACGAGUUCGGCGCGAAGCACCCGUCCGAGGCGCUUGGCGCCGAAGACCUGCGGCGGUGCGCCGCGCUCCAGGGGAGUCCGGACGGCGCCGCCCUGCGGCGGCGCGCGGAGCGGCUCGCGGAGGCGAGUCCGCUCGCCGCGCGGCGGCGGGAGCGCGACGCCGCGUCGCUGCCGGAGUAG